CGACGCUGAGGAGGCGGUGGCUACGCGCUGCACGCGGGGGUCAGUGGGAGGUGUUGUGCGAAACGAGAGUCUUCUUAAAUAGGAGCUCUAGCCUGAGAGGCGCAGCACAUAUACGUACUUCGGGAGAGAACGAACAUUAGAAGCUCGGGCGGAGUGGGGUGAAGACGAGCAGACUCACGAAGAGACUCCAUGGAGGAGGCACACUCCGCGCCCACGGCCCUUUAGUGCUAGCGGCUACAAACUUGAGAAGUGUCGGCAGCCGGACUUACUCGCUCUGUUCAUGCCGGUUUAGUCCCACCCUUUCAUCCGAAGGGCUCUGGCUCGAGCACAUCCUUGCUGGGCAUUUUCUUUCUCUGUUGCCUGUGGGCACUCCGGACAGAGGAUCGGGUAUAUAUGAUGAAGUUCAAGCCAAACCAGACACGGACUUAUGACGGGGAAGGCUACAAGAAGCGAGCGGCAUGUCUGUGUUUCAGGAAUGAGCGAGAGGACGAGGUGUUGCUGGUGAGCAGUAGUCGACAUCCAGACCAGUGGAUUGUACCAGGAGGGGGUAUGGAGCCAGAGGAGGAGCCCGGUGGUGCAGCAGUCCGUGAGGUGUAUGAAGAGGCUGGUGUGAAAGGCAAGUUAGGGAGACUACUUGGAGUGUUUGAGCAGAACCAAGAUCGGAAGCACAGAACAUACGUUUAUGUCCUAACAGUGACGGAGACAUUGGAAGACUGGGAGGAUUCUGUCAAUAUUGGAAGAAAACGAGAAUGGUUUAAAGUAGAAGAUGCAAUUAAAAUUCUACAGUGUCACAAACCAGUUCAUGCUGAAUACUUGGAAAAACUCAAAUUGGGCUGCUCUCCUACCAAUGGAAAUUCAGUUGUUCCCACCCUAUCAGAUGACAACUCCUCUCUGUAUGUGACCUCCUCACAGACUCCAGGAAAGCCUCCAACAGUGAGAUAGGACAAAUACUCGUCUGCAUUCAUGUGCAUUUAAGGGUUAAAAAGAAAAAAGACUUUAGCGUGAACUCUUGCAGUGUUGACACUAAGUUGUUAUUUGGGGAGGGGGGUUUGGGAAGGUGUAAUUAUUAUUGGUGAUUGGGUUUAUGAUUUUUUUAUUGUAAUUUGUAAAAUAGUAUUUAAAAAAGAAAACAAAAACCAAAGCCAUACCUGACAUUUAUUGAUACUUUGCCUUAUUUGGCCUUUUUAAAGGGUGCUUUUUUGGGAAUUUGUAUACUCCUGCUUAGCAUUGCAAGCUUUCAACAGAAAGCAGACUUUUUUUAGAGUAAUAAGUAUUGUAUUCAGAAACUGGAAGGCUUGCAGUUAAACAUCCGUUUACUCCUAAGUACAGAGCUGUGUGAACUCAUAUUAUCGGGGAACACAUUUUGCUAAGAGGCAUCAAAGGAGCACUAUAAACAUAAAAUAAGUAGCUUUAAGGAAGUUUGUAUUUCUUAAUUACUUUACUACUACAGGCUGGUUUGGAGAGAAUUAAUUUUGUUGCUGUUUAGCCAAAAGGUUUCGUAAAUGUGGUUCACAGCAAGCUGCUCUAUGAACUUAGGUAGAUAGAGAUCUUUUUUAUAAUAAGAGAUUGUUGGCUUUCUUCUACUACCUCACUAUGAGUGCAAUCAGCUAUCCAUUUGAUUGGCAUAUAAAACCAUAAACCAAAUUUAAAUGUAACUGAAAUGGCAAAUUUUGUGCCUACAAGUGUUUUUGUAAUAGUAUAAAUAAGAUGUCUGAGAUACGGAAAGACCUGGAAUAACGUGUGUAGUUAAAGCUUCACACAAGUAGGCUUCAGUAUGCACACUUCUAAAACAUGAUCUUCUUGAACAGCAAAUGUAACACAUCAGGUGCUAUGUAUGUUUAAUUUUGAAAUGAUGUCUGGUAGGUGAUUUAAUGAGAGACAAUGUAUCCCUGAUGAAUAAAUCACUAUAUGCCCCUGAAGUGGUGUACAUUACUGUAACUAUUUGGCAAGAGCUGAAGUUACAGCAAACUUCCUAAAGUUGUUUAUGAGCUGCCGUGCUUUCUGUGAUUUAUGAAUUCAGCACUUAGCAGAUAUUGGGGGUGGGGGGUUGGGGGGGAUGUCCCAAUUGUUUCAUUUGCACCCUCUCAUGUUGAGUGGCAUAUACUAAUAUGUGCCCUAGUUGCAUUUUUACAGUGGACAGUGGAGCUUGUAAAUAUUUUGAACCGUUGGACUGGAAUGGUUUUGGCAGUUUGUAUCUUUAAUAUGAAAAAAAAAAAAACAGAAACCUGUUGAAUAGUUUUGCAUUUUUUCUAUUUCUUUUUUUUAUUAUUGUAUAGUUAAUAUUUUACUAAAAAUGCUGCUGGGAAAAAAAAAAAAAGGCCUAAACACACUGUCGUGUUUCUUCACCCAUCCUACCCGUCCCUCUGUCUCCCUUUUUGCAAUGAGUGUCACUUUUGGUGCAACUCUAGAGCCACAGCUCGCUGGAAGGAAAACACAGCCAUAUUACAAAUAUCAUUGUGUUUUUGUUUCUGUGUGCAGUCCUACUUCACAACUUAUGCUUGUAAAACAGUAUGCCAUGGUUUAUUGUUUUUUUAUCAUAAAAAUGCCAAACAAAAGUACUAAACUGAAGAAAUGGAAAUGAAGCAGACUGAGAGUGUUACUCAAGGGCUGAGCAAAUUUGGUUUUGAGAAGUUGAAUCAAAAACCAAGGAUACAUGGAUAUGCUGAACAGUUUGCAAGGAAAAGAAAAAGGUUUUUAUUUUGUAUUCAAAAAUGUGCUUUCUGCAGAAAGGUUAAGGUGACACAUGCAGUUUUUCCUUUCUUAAAUGCCAUUACAUAUGUAUGUUUUCUGUGUGGUUUUGUCCCCUCCUUGUGGGGGAAACCUGUUAGAAAUAUUUUAUUCCAUUUGAACUAAAAGUCAAGCUGUCAAUGAAUAACACACUUUUAUUGGCUUUAGGAAGGACAAAACUGCUCACUGAGAGCAAUUUACACUGAAAUCAAGCUGAGUGAAACCCCAUCCAGCACAAGACAACAAGUGAGCUGUUUACUGGUAAAAGGCGCCUGGAAGCUGCAGAAGGCAAGAGAGCAAUUGUGGUCAUCUGAAUUGUAGGCUGGACAAAUAACUGAAAUCAAAAGUAUUUGAAAUAGCUUAUUACUUUGAGCUGAUCAGGACAAAACAAGUUGUCUAUGGGGUAUAAGAGAAAUAUGGUUAACUCCUGUCUGACCCACGUGUAGACAUCAGCUACAAGAAGACAAUCUCAUGGUUUGCAGGAAAAGCAAAUGAAUGUUUGAAAGGAGACUUUACAAUAUAGUGUACACCUAGGGAAACCACAAAUCAGCAUUAUUAUUAAUAAUAAUAAUGAUUAAAAAUGUAUUGCUGCACGCAACAAAAUCUUGUUCAGUUGCUAAGAUUUUUUGUGUUUUUUUUUUUUGUUUUUUUGUCAAGCCACGCUUGAGGUUAUAUAAAUUUCAACAAACACCCCUUUUUUUUGUGACGGACUAUUAAGUGAUGUGAACAUUUUUAUUUAUUUUUUUUAAUUUCACUUUCUUGGAUGGAUUUCUUGUAAAUAUAUACUGGCCUUACACCACAAGGUGGCAGUGCACACAGCGCUAUGCUUCUCUUACUGCACCACAGCACAUCUGCUUGCAUUUCUUGGGAGGCUUUGAAAUAUUGUACUAUAUGCUUUGUCUCAUACUGUCUGGAAACUCAAGACUGACUGUGGUUAACUUAGAGAUGCUGGGUUUUUGCAAAUGUAACUGGAUUUGAUGAAAAUGAUUGUUUUUCUUGGUUUGGGUGUUGCAUGCUUACAUAUAUAUUUUAUGUAUAUAAGCAGUUCUUGAAAUUUGCGAGGCUUUGUAAAAAUGUGUUACAUCUAGAAGUCAAAAAGAUGAUGCUGAUUUUUUAUAAGACAAUGUCAUUGAUCUUGGGUAUCAGAUGUUGUGAAUUAUUAUACAGAAGGAAGCAGUUACCUUUAAAAGACUAUAGCCUGUUGUAUACUUAAAAGGCUGAUUUUAACAGUAUUAGGAGACCACUGUGCCUCUUUAUUUUUUCUUUUUUUUUUUUUUUUCCUCCAAAUUAAUAUAACUUAUUGAUGUGUUCUAAAUCUUGCUGUUUUUUUAAGCAGUGUGCAGGUAAAUCGCUUUCUUCAGGCAAACUUAAACAAUUACAAAUAUUAAUGAAACCCUGCCAUACAGGACUGGUGAGAGUUUUUCCACAGUACAUAACAAGUCUGUUACUGAGCAGAGCUGGACCGUCUGCUCAAAUCCAUGCUGUGCUGCUGCUUUUUUAAUUUCAAUUUUUUAGAGCAAUGGCACUAAAGAACAUGGGUGUAUUCUUUAAAUUGUAAUGUGAUAUGACUGCAUUGCAUGUCUUGUCAUUUUUUUUCUCCAUUUUAAAAUGGUUGGUGUAAGAUACUUUUUGAAUUUUUAUAUUUGAAAUAUUCAAAAAAAUAAAAUGAACAAGUGCAAUGAAA